CACGGCUCAAACGCUCUCUUUUCCUUCCCGCAGGAGCAGGGAGGUCUUUUCUUUCUGUGAAGAAUGGGAGACUAUGACGAAGACACGGCGUUCCUGGGGCAGACCGGCCCUUACUUCUGGACCACGUUCUUCCUCCUGAACACCGUGUUCGUCUCCACCGGAUUCAACGGCCUCUACAUCGUCUUCGUAGGGGCGGCCCCCAAACACCGCUGCCUGGUUCCCAACGUCAACCUGACGGCAGAGUGGGCGGAGGCCAUCAUCCCCCUCGCCGUGGUGGACGGCGCGGAGGUGCAGAGCCAGUGCAGCAGAUACAGGCUGGACGUGGUGAGGAACCUCUCCGCUGGAGGCUUUGCUCCCGGAAGAGACGUGAACCUCACGGACCUGCAGCAAGAGAGGUGUCUGGACGGAUGGCACUACAGCAAAGACGUGUACCCGUCCAACAUCGUCACCGAGGUCAGUGCGCGCGGGGGGGGGGGGGGGGGGGGAGAGGGGCGUCUUGUGAGAGGGGGUUCACGUCCUACUGUCUUGUUUUUAACAUGUUGGGUGUUCGGGGUCUUUUGCCAGUGGGACCUGGUCUGUGACGACCAGUGGAAAGUUCCCUUUGCGUCCUCGACCCUCUUUGUGGGAUACCUCUUCGGCUCCUUGAUCUCAGGACAUCUGUCUGACAGGUAUGGGAGGAAGAAGGUUGUGUUCAUCUCCCUCGCAGCCCAGUGUCUCUCCGUCCUGCUUCAGUCCUUCUCGCAGUCCUGGAGGAUGUUCUGCGUCAUGUUCCUCUUCGUCGGAGCCUCCCAGAUAUCCAUCUACAUUUCGGCCUUUGUGCUAGGGACGGAGAUUCUGAGUAAAACCAUGCGAGUGCUCUUCACGACUCUCGGGGCCUUCCUCUUCUACUGCAUCGGGUACAUGACGCUGCCCUGGAUCGCGUACGGAAUCCGGGACUGGAGGACUCUGCUCGCCGUCCUGUCCAUGACGGCCGUGGCGUACGUCCCACUGUGGUGGUUCAUCCCGGAGUCUCCUCGGUGGCUCGUCACUCAGGGACGACUGGAGGAGGCCGAGGCCAUUGUGAGGGACGCGGCGAGGAAAAAUAAGGUCGAAGCACCACCUGUAAUCUUCAAAGUCUGCGAGGGACUCUCCCCGAGCAGGAGGUACAGCAUGCUCGAUGUCCUGAAGUCCAAGAACAUCCGGUGCAUCACUCUCAUGUGUCUUGUGUUGUGGAUGGCGAUAAACAUUGGGUACUUUGGACUGUCCCUAAACACCUCCAACCUGAGCGGCGACCCCUUCAUGAACUGCUUCCUGUCGGCGGCGGCGGAGGUGCCGGCCUACGUGGUCUCCACCUGGCUGCUGAGGUCGUGUCCGAGGAAAGCCCUCCUGUCGUCGUUCCUCGUCAUCGGAGGAGGAGUUCUUCUUCUCAUCCAGUUCAUCCCCAACACCCUUCAGUACAUUGCUCUGGCGUUGGAAAUGAUCGGAAAGUUUGGCUUCACCAUGGCCUUCAGCAUCGUCUACAUCUACACGGCCGAGCUGUACCCCACGGUCAUCAGGAACGCCGGCAUGGGGAUGUGCUCCUCGGCCGCGCGCAUCGGCAGCAUCACGGCUCCUUACGUCAUCUAUCUGGGCACCUACAAUAAGGCUCUGCCUUACAUUCUCAUGGGGAGCCUCACAAUCGCCUCCUCCGUGGUGAACGUCUUCCUGCCGGAGACCCUCAACAGGGACCUUCCAGAAACAGUGGAGCAGAUGCAAGAAUGUCAGUGUUGUGCAAUGGCACCAAAACGAGUGAAUAGGUGAGUGGAAGACGAAGAAGGAGGAACCGAGCCGUUCAGUCUGAUGCAGACUUUCAAAGAGAGAACCAAACAAUCCAAAACAGGCACAGUGGCAUCAAAAGGUUCUUUUGAACGGACUGAUGUUUUUGAUCAUUUUUAUAAAACUCUUCAUUUCCUAGAUUAGAUUAUUCAAGGUUAUAUAUUUAGAAAUGUGGCAUUUUAAAAUGUGUGUAUUAAAUAAAAAUGUGUCUCUCAUGUUUGGCAUGUGAUUAAAGCAUGAACGUAUGAACCCUCCCA